AAACCACUCUGGCGAAAAUGAUGGAUUUUGCUUUCGUUGCGGUGCUAGUUUACGAAACCCCUUUGCUCUUUGUCAAUACCGGGAUCCUAAUGGCAAUCUCCCAAUUCAUAGGCUCCAUAGCUGCUCAAGCAUUCAUCUUUAUUCAGAUCAAGACCUCCCACUCGAGCGAUUACGCGUUAAAAUCCCCGCUGGCGUCUCCUAUGGGCGUCAUGUUCAUGUGCGAAGUCCUCAUUUACUGGAGCUUAUCGCAUUGUUUUUUGGUAACAAUCUACUACGAUCGCAAGACUCAUGGAGAAAUCACACAAGGCACAAGGACAUGGAUUUCCCCGCCGGCUGUGAUCAAUUUUGUAUUCCUUAGUUUCCCGAUUUGCGUCGUCGCCGCAACUAUUGCUCUUUUUACAUGGUUAUCGUCAGGCUUCACUCACUUUAUGGUUGCGGUAGUCAAAGUUCUGGAUGCUUUGAGGCAAGGCUCAUCAGCAUGGGAUCAGUUGAAAGUUCCAUCAACAUCCAGUGAGGAAAAACUCCACCUCACGACACAGUUAAUCCAAGUUGUAUCGGAGGCAAAGAACUUUACUACUGACGUCAACAUUCGCUCGGAAAACUUGAUAAACUGUUUUCACUUGGUCCAAUGUGUGUUAUUAAUAAUAAUCUGUACAACCUCCUUAGUUUUCAUUGUUUCCUUUUGGGUGCUGGUUCACAAGUUCCGAAGAAGACAUCGCCAAUCAGACAAAGCAUCAUCACGAUCAAUAUAUCUUCGCCGGUGGGGUAAACGAAAUAAUCCAAGAAAUGCAAGUGGGGAGCAAUCUACUACAAGCAGCAAUCUAAACCCCAGCUUCAUCGAUGUUGUCAAGUCAGAUCGCCAAUUUUUGCACCUGGCCCUGAGGGCGAUCUCUAUCAUUAUUGCGAUGCUCACUACAAUUUCCCUCUUGCUCUUGGGGAUUAUAAGAACGGCGGAUGUUGUGAAAUACCCUUACUGGCGAGGUUUGUCAACCUGGCUGACGACUGUUUCUGGCACAUGGGCUGCUAUCCCAAUUGCCUGGCAAUGUUGGAGGCUAUACCAGGAACAAUCAGGCGGGGCGUCACAAAGUCUAUCAAAUUCGAACGACACUGCUUUGAUAGGGGUGCCAGGCAGCAAAAACGCAGAUCCUGGGCGUCCCACACAAGACGGUGCGGAAACGAUAGAAAUCAAGAUUGAACUUGACCCAAAGGCCAUUCAUCCCACCGAAACGUAUGAGAAGGAGUAGCAUUUCUGCAGUUUAUAAACCACAUCAUAUAUGCUGCCCAGGGCUCCCCCGCGUCUACAUAUGUCGACUGAGUAAAACACGAUA